AGGAAGGUGACCAAGCCUCUAGCAGGGCAGAGAAAAUCAGGACAGACAGAGAAGUGUGGGGCUGGGGAUGAGCUCACUGUCAGGAUGGUGAAGAGAUAACUAGGUUAAAAAGUUUUCUGUGCAGGCAUCACACUGCAGUAGAAGAAGAAGGAAGGAAAAGUGUCAUUUUAUGGUCUAAUCAGAGGCAAAUAUUAGAAAUUUCAGGAGCCAACCCGGAAAUCAGAGGGGUACAAUGACGACAAAGCUUGAAGAAAAGCAUGCAGGUAAUGGGGACCUUGUAGGAGAGGGUCAGCCAUACCUGGGUGAGAAGUAUCAAGAGAAUGGGAAACCAGUAGCAAAUGGGAGAGGUGAGAUCUCUGUAAAGCAGGAGGCAAAUGGAAAGUGUGGCGUGCCCAGAAAAAGUCUCAACAUGUACAGCUGGCAAGAGAUCCAGAAACACAAUCAGAAGGCUGAUCAGUGGCUGGUGAUCAAUCGCAAGGUCUACGAUGUUACUGCCUGGGCCAACAAGCAUCCAGGGGGGAGCCGAGUCCUCAACCACUAUGCUGGGGAAGAUGCCACGGAUGUCUUCAGAGCCAUGCACCUGGACCUUGACAUUGUAAAAUUGUACCUUAAGCCACUGCUCAUUGGAGAGCUUGCCCCAGAAGAGCCCAGCCAGGAGAGAAACAAAAGUUCCCAGUUGGUGGAAGAUUUCCAAGAAUUGCGGAGAACAUUAGAGGCCAUGAACAUGUUCAAAGCCAACCCAGCGUUCUUCUUCCUUCACUUCAUCCAGGUCUUGAUUUUAGAAACUCUGGCUUGGCUAAUAGUGUGGCAUUUUGGCAGUGGCUGGGCUGUGACAAUAUUCAUCUCCUGCCUUCUCACAAUUUCCCAGUGUCAGAGUUCAUAUCUGCAACAUGACUUGGGACACCUUUCCAUAUUUACGAAGUCCAAAUGGAACCACCUGAUGCAAAAACUUAUGAUGAGUCAUUGCAAGGGCCUGUCAACAUCCUGGUGGAAUCACCGACACUUCCAACAUCAUGUAAAAACAAACAUCCACCCCAAAGACCCAGAUAUUGAUAUGGGUGCACUUUUCCUGCUUGGAGAAUUGCAACCUGUCAAGUUUGGCAAGAUGAAAAUCAAGUACAUCGACUAUGAAAAGCAGCACCUGUAUUUCUACAUGGGUGAGUGGCUCCCCCUCCUCAUGCCUGUAUAUUUCAAUCUGGAAUCCAUGAAAGUGAUGUGCCUCCAAAGAUAUUGGGAGGACAUUGCCUGGGUCAGCAGCUUUUACAUCCGCCAUUUCAUCACAUUUGGCCCUUUCUAUGGAAUCUUUGGAACCAUAUUACUCAUAUAUUUGGUCAAGUUUCUUGAAAGUCCCUGGGUAACAUAUGUUACCCAGAUGAGCCACAUACCAAUGAGAAUGAGCAAAGAGGAGAACCGGGACUGGCUCAGCGCUCAGGUCUUGACCACCUGUAAUGUUGAACAGUCCAUUUUCAAUGACUGGUUCACUGGGCACCUGAACUUUCAGAUCGAGCACCAUCUGUUUCCCACAAUGCCACGCCAUAAUUAUCACAAGGUGGCACCCCUGGUGAGGUCACUGUGUGCGAAGCAUGGAUUACAGUAUGUGAAUAAGCCCAUGUUGGAAGCAUUUGGAGAUAUUGUCAGGUAAUUACAGAGUCUCUCAGCUCACAGCUCUCAUUUCCCUCUCACUGCUAGUCCCCAGACUAUUCACUGGCUUGUGAAUCAUUUACCCAACAACUCUUUGUUAAGGGGCAUCUGUAUGUCCAGCAUGGACAUGAGACCCUUCAGGAAACAUCAACAAUGCAAUGAUAAUAAAUAA